AUGAAAAAUAAGAAGAAAAAUGAAAAUAGAUCGACUGAAGAAAAAGUAGAACAAUUAGUAGAAAAUGUUAGUACACAAAAGCGUGAAGAAAUUAAAGAGCGACUAAUGUUUGGUGAAAUACUUUCAAGAAGUGUUGGAGAAGGGUACAAGUGCUUGAGAAAAAAGGAUAAGAAAGAAUUCUCUAAUGAAUACUGGGAAAAAGAUGGCCUAGUCGACGACGUACUGCAGCAACUUGUAAUCGAUCUUGGAGGAGAGGGGUCAUCCGACAGCGAGUUCGAAAGUGAAGAAGAAGACUUUUUAGACCAUGAUAUUGUACCAAUUAUUUAUAGUGAAGAUGAAUUUUGA